AGUUUUGAGCUAAUCAAGCAUGGCGGCUGGUUUGCAAUUCAGUGGAGUUAAAACGCUCUGUCCUGUUUCAUUGCGAGGAGGAGGAUCUUCGUGUUGCUUGCCUGUACGGUCGCAGCGGCUUCAUUUCGCUAGUUCAGUAGCUUCAGUGGCCGAAUUUUCGAAUGCGAGUGCGAGAAGUUGCCUUAGGAGUAGAGUUUUGAGAGUGCGUUGCGACGGAAGGGUUGUGGAUGUUCUUGAGAAGGAGGAAACGAAGAAUCAAAGUUUCGGCGAAGCGGAGAACCAAUUAACGUGUGUCAUGAAAUUCGGAGGCUCAUCCGUGGCCUCUGCAGAGAGAAUGAGAGAGGUUGCUGAGCUUAUACUCAGCUUCCCCAAUGAGAGGCCGGUAAUCGUGCUCUCGGCGAUGGGAAAGACAACUAACAAACUUUUAUUGGCCGGAGAAAAGGCCGUUAGUUGCGGUGUUACUAACGCGUCGAGUAUUGAUGAGUUGAGCUUUAUAAAAGAACUGCAUCUCAGGACCGUGAAAGAGCUUGGAAUAGACAAGUCUACCGUCACACCACACUUAGAGGAAUUGGAGCAGCUUCUGAAGGGAAUUGCUAUGAUGAAAGAGUUGACUCUUCGGACGAAAGAUUAUUUGGUUUCGUUUGGGGAGUGCAUGUCAACUAGGAUAUUCGCAGCAUAUCUGAAGAAAAUUGGUGUUAAAGCUCGCCAAUAUGAUGCCUUUGAGAUUGGUAUUAUAACCACAGAUGACUUCACAAACGCGGACAUUUUGGAAGCGACCUAUCCAGCUGUUGCAAAGAGGUUACUUGGUGAUUGGGAUUUUGAUCCUGCUAUACCAAUUGUUACUGGCUUCCUUGGAAAGGGCUGGAGGUCAUGUGCAGUUACUACAUUGGGUAGGGGUGGUAGCGAUUUGACGGCCACAGCCAUUGGUAAAGCAUUGGGAUUGCGAGAGAUACAGGUUUGGAAGGAUGUUGAUGGUGUUUUAACAUGCGACCCUAACAUAUAUCCACGGGCAGAACCUGUACCAUAUUUGACAUUUGAUGAGGCUGCAGAACUUGCAUAUUUUGGUGCUCAAGUCUUGCAUCCGCAGUCCAUGAGACCUGCUAGAGAAGGUGAUAUUCCUGUUAGGGUUAAAAACUCUUACAACCCUGAAGCUCCAGGUACUCUUAUAACCAGGGCAAGAGAUAUGAGUAAGGCAGUACUAACUAGCAUUGUUUUGAAACGGAAUAUAACUAUGUUGGAUAUUGUUAGCACAAGAAUGCUUGGUCAAUAUGGCUUCCUUGCUAAGGUAUUCUCAAUAUUUGAAGAUUUGGGCAUAUCAGUUGAUGUUGUAGCUACUAGUGAAGUUAGCAUUUCCUUGACAUUGGAUCCAUCAAAGCUUUGGAGCAGAGAGCUGAUUCAACAGGCAAGCGAACUUGACCAUGUUGUGGAGGAACUUGAGAAAGUUGCUGUUGUGAACCUUCUUCAGCACAGGUCCAUCAUUUCUCUCAUUGGAAAUGUUCAGAGGUCAUCACUGAUACUAGAGAAGGCAUUUAGUGUUCUGCGAACAAAUGGAGUCAAUGUUCAGAUGAUCUCACAGGGUGCAUCUAAGGUUAAUAUUUCGUUGGUUGUAAACGACAAUGAAGCAGAGCAAUGUGUGAGGGCUCUCCACUCAGCUUUCUUUGAGUGAUCUUCUCUAUGAUAAACGUGGAAUGUUAAGAAUGGUUAUGAUCCAACAUUAUCUCCUCCACAUUGGUGUUGUUUGUUCAUGUAGUAGUAGUAGUAGUAGUGAUUUUCUCACUGUUAACCAUUUACCAUAAUAUUUCUCAAUAUUAUCUCUAUACCCAAGCUUGGGGAAGGAAGUUUCCCUCUUCUUGUCCAAUUAAAGAUCUGGCAUUGUAGCUAUUUUUUUCUUGAACAAUGUAUUAAUAUUUUAGUUUCAAGGUUAUAGUUAAUCAUCAUUUAUGACUC